AGUAAAUUUUGACAUAACAAAAAUAAACAUAUUAUUAUUAUAUACAUACUUUAUUCAGGCUUGAAAUGCUUUUCUAUUCCAUCUAAAUUGUUCAUUUCAAUAACAACAAUAACUAGCUUUAGUGUUUAGUUUGAGACUUUCGUAUUUAUAAAGUACAAAGAGUACUUUGUUGAGUAAGUUAUAAUGUCGCUUUGUACUUGGUGAUGUACAUUUUGAUAUUUACUUUUUUAUUGUUCUAUGAAAAGAGAACAUAAGAUAAUAUCCGUUCUCUGCGAACUACAUCGAGAUACAAGGAAGAAAAUUUUAAGAUAAAAAUCAACAAAUUUGUGUGUAAAUUACAAUAUUCAAUUAAUCACCAAUAAUGUCGUCUUUCCAUGAAAGACAAAAAAAUCUUUUUAAUCUUCUAAAAGAUGCUGAAGAUCAAUACAGUUUUUCGAAAACAAAUAAAGCUACUGAUUCACCUAGUUAUAAUGAAAUAGACAAACAAACCUACAAGAAACUGAAACACCAAAUGAAACAAUUCAGGGGUAAGGAAAGUAUAUAUAAAAGACAAGAAGCAAAUAUCCGUGAAUGUUUAAGAGCAAAAUCUAUCCCAGACUACAUAAAGAAUCCAAAUAAAUGGGUUUAUUACUCGUUGUCAGAUGUUACACCGGAACAGAUGUCAGAUGCAACAAAUACUGCUACUGCACUUGCAUUAAUACAAAAAUUGGAAGAAGAUAACAAAACUGAUAUGGAAUGUGAUGAAGAAAGUUCAGAUGUUGUUUUCAAGAAGCCUAUAUUUCAUAGCUCUAUUACUGUGAAGAAGGCUUUAAAAUCAGAAAAUGAGAAAGCUAUAUUUAAAGGCAAUAAGAUUGUUAUGCCAGAAUAUGUUGUGGGUGUCUCUGGUAAAAGAGAAAAAAAGGAAAAAGUUGUACGAAGGGCUUCACAAGUUAAUACAGAUAAGAAGAUAGAAUUAAAGCUGAACCAUCUCUAUGAAGAUGAUGAAGACUCAUAGUUAAAGAAUUCAGUCAAUAUAAUAUUAUUUUAUAA